AUGACGACCUCUUCAUCAUCAUCGGUUCCAUUCUUUGGGAUGGGCAGGGAGGAAGUGGAUGAGCAGAUGAUGAAGCAACAAUCCGCGGCCGCGGUUGGAGUUGGACUGGGAGGAUUGCAUCAUCAUCAUAAUCCACAUCUCCAUCUCCACCACCACCACCACCAACUUCUCCAGCAUUCAUCUUCCCUUUUGAGUAAUUCUCAGCUCACCACCGCCGGAGCACAGCAGCAGCCGCCUCCGCCGCUGUCUGCCGCAAGCUCAGCCGCCGGUUCUGGCCCUCCUCAGCUCAAGAGGAAGCGCAACCAGCCUGGAAAUCCAAGCAAGUACCUCCUAUUGGCUACCUACCUUGCUUUGCUUCUAUAUCUUCAUCCAAUUCUUUUGGGUUUAAUUUCUUGUUUCUGUUUCUCCUUUUUUCCCCCCCUCCCUCUCCCCCUCCUUCCUCUUCUUGUUUGGUUGCGUGUUUUGGUUUCUGCCACCCCGCGGAUAGAUCCAGACGCGGAGGUGAUCGCGCUGUCGCCAAAAACCCUAAUGGCGACCAACCGGUUCAUCUGCGAGGUAUGCAACAAGGGCUUCCAGCGCGAGCAGAACCUGCAGCUCCACAGGAGAGGCCACAACCUGCCGUGGAAGCUCAAGCAGAAGAACAAAAACGAAGUCGUGAAGCGCAAGGUGUACCUGUGCCCGGAGCCGACGUGCGUCCACCACGAGGCUUCGAGGGCGCUGGGGGACCUCACGGGGAUCAAGAAGCACUACUCGAGGAAGCACGGCGAGAAGAAGUGGAAGUGCGACAAGUGCGCCAAGAGGUACGCCGUCCAGUCAGACUGGAAGGCGCACUCGAAGACCUGUGGAACCAGGGAGUACCGAUGCGACUGUGGCACCCUCUUCUCCAGGCGGGACAGUUUCAUCACCCACAGAGCAUUCUGCGACGCACUGGCUCAGGAAAGCGCCAGAAACCCUCCACCCUCCCUCGCCUCCCACCUCUUCACCGGCGCCGGAGGCGCAGCAGCCGGCCUCGCCAACAACACGACCCUAGACAUUUCCUCCUCCACCGCUCAUUCAUCCGCCGCAGCCGACAUCCUCCGCCUCGGCGGAUCCACCACCGGCCCCGGACAGUUCGACCACCUCCUCCCUCCUUCGACGACGACAGCCACCUCGCAGCAGUUCCGAAACCAGCCCCACUUGUCACCUUCCUCCGCCGCUUUCUUCAUGCCACAACAAGACACCUCCGACCACCACCAGCCAUUCCACCAUGCCCUAAUGCAACAGUUUUCGUCGGAUCCCAACAACGCGGGCGGCGCAGCCGCCAACCAGCUCUUCAGCCUAGGGUUCGACGGCACCACCACCACCAACAACAACAUGAUGACUCUCUUCGCCAAUAAUAACAACCACGGCGGCGUCGGCGGCGGCGGCGGCGGCGAUCAUCAGCACCAGAUGAUGAUGGGAUCGUCCACCGGCGGCAGCGUCCCCCUCUUCAGCUCCUCCGUCCACCAGCAGCAGAUGAACAACAUGGUGGCUCACAUGUCGGCGACGGCGCUGCUCCAGAAGGCGGCGCAGAUGGGGUCCACCACCAGCUCCAACCCAAAUGCCACCACCAGCGCGUCGCUUCUCAGAAGCGCCUUCGCCGCCGGCCCCAACAACAACCACCAAAAAUCAUCGUCCGGCGAAAAGCAACCGAGUCUCGGGACCUUCGGCGGGUCGUUCUUCGGCGACGUGGACACGGACAACGGCAGCAGCAACAAUCUCCACGACCUCAUGAACUCCUUCACCGCCGCCGCCAACGGCAACAACAAUAACAAUAACGGUAGUGGUAGUAGUAACAACAAGAAGCUGACGAGGGAUUUCCUGGGAGUUGGACACGUGGCGGCGGCGGUCAGAGGCAUCGCCACCACUACCAACACUAUCUCGCAGCAGCAGCAGCAAAUAGGGGCGGCGUUGGAGAGAAGCUCGUCGUUGGAUUCGGAGAGGAACAAUAAUAACAGCAUGGGGAGUCACUCGUCUUUCGGGGGAAACCCUAGCUUUCAAUGAAAUCAUGAAAGUCAACCAUGCACACCACUUACUACUACUACUACUAGGGAAUUGGAAAAGCAGUAUGAUGAUGAUGACGACGACGAUGAUGAUCACCAUGUUGGCGCAAAAAGGACUCGAGGCACCGGUGAUGACGAUGAUUAGGCACGCAGAGGGAAAAAUAAAGCACGGUUCAAGUGAAGCAAUGGUAACUAAUGGCAGCUAGCUACCGGAGGUCUGGCAAGAGUAGCAUUCGUCAUUUUGAUUUUGCGUCUUUCCAAGACUUUGUAUACAUUGUCCAUAUUGUAUUCUAUCAGGUGUACAUUUUUUUUUACAUAAGGAAUGAGAUAACAAUUGAGAUAUUAUUCAGACUCGAUCGCCUCAUAGGGACAGGGAUAACUAAUCGUCCCGACAUAUUUCUAAUUUGUAUCCCCAACU